AUCGCCCAACAAUUGGAAAAAAAGAAGGAUGAAGAGAAAGUACAUCAAUUCUUGAUGGGGCUCGACGAAAGUUUGUAUGGUCAUCUUCGUUCCACCGUACUUUCACAGGAACCAUUUCCCACUACCGGCCGCAUAUAUCGCAUCAUGACACAAGAGGAAACGGCGCGGGCAGCUCAGACUCGUGAACGACCUGAAAACACAGCCUUUGUCGCACGUCACACCACCAUGGAUAAGCCACGAGACAAAGCCGUGACUUGUUCCCAUUGCCGAAAGCCGGGUCAUGAGAAGGACACCUGUUACCAGCUUCAUGGCUACCCCGAGGGUUGGGGUCGUCAUAGCAUCGGCGAAAGAGGUCGUGGGCGUGGGCGGGGCAUCUCUGUUUCUGCCGGCAGAGGCGCUGGAGGACAACAGCAGCACAAUGCCCAUGUUGCGGCAGUAGGGUCGGCUGGAAGCAGUGUCGGCAGUGAUCCAUCUAGUAGUGGGUCGGUGGUUCCCUCUCUCACUGCCGAGCAAUGGGAUACUUUUAAGGCACUUCUAGCUUCUGUCAAGGAUGCUCCCACUGAAAAAUUGUCAGACGAUGAGGAUGAUGUUCCAGCGGCUGUUUUGUCCUCUCCAUCCACGCAGAUUUCAGCUUCUCCACACACGGAUGAAUCACAGUCUACUGGGCAGUCUACUGGACCUGCUUCUGCGCACACAGAUGACCCCCAAACUACUGCCGAUGUCCAGCCGGUACUGCCCGAUGCUCUGCCAGUGCCUUCCAGUGUUGAAUCAGUACCUGUUCUGGGUCGCGGUCAGCGACAAUGCACACCGAAUGUGCGUCUAGCUGAUUACCAGACCUAUGCCGUUAAACAUGGUGCUUCCACUACGGUUCAAAAUUUUUUCAUAGCUUUGAGAUCUCGGAUGGAGAUUACUGUCAUCUCUGUAUUUAGUGGAUUAGUUUUAGGUCCAGAUUGGGUGGAUACAAUGCUGCAACUCUGAAAUAAAUUAUCUCCACCACACGACAAUAACAUGUAUGAUACAAUAAAAGCAAAUUUGUUUAGCCGUUAGAUUAAAACCAUAAGUAAAAUAAAGAAAUAGUAACUUACUCU